AUGUCUGGACGCGGAAAGGGCGGUAAGGGUUUGGGUAAGGGCGGUGCCAAGCGUCACCGCAAGGUACUCCGCGACAACAUCCAGGGCAUCACCAAGCCCGCCAUCCGCCGUUUGGCUCGCCGUGGCGGUGUGAAGCGUAUCUCGGGACUCAUCUACGAGGAGACCCGCGGCGUGCUCAAGGUGUUCCUCGAGAACGUCAUCCGUGACUCGGUCACCUACACCGAGCACGCCCGCCGGAAGACGGUGACGGCCAUGGACGUAGUGUACGCCCUCAAGCGCCAGGGCCGCACCCUCUACGGUUUCGGCGGCUAAAGCUUGCUCAUCAUCCUGCCCUGCUUCAACAAG